AUGCGGCGCAUUGUGCCUACCAAGACAGACGAUAUACCCAGGAUGCCAAAGUCCUCGUCACCCCAGCUCUUGUCCGUGGAUCUGCCUACUUUGCCCAGCUGGAGCCCCAUCACAUUCGAUGGCCUGCUUCCAGAUGCCGCAGAUGAGCCAGAGCCGCCGAAACGCGCCAAAGAGAUGCCUGCGCGAACGGUUGUGCAGCCACAUAUCUCGCGUGAUCAAAUCCGCGCGCGCGUUGAGCAAAGAAAGACAGGUGUGUGGAAGGACUCGUCUUUGGCGCCUGUGGCCACUGCAUCUACGUCUGAGUCAUCGCCGACGCCGCGCACCGGCACCAGCACUCGCCUUGACCGUAGCUCUGGUGCUGCCGCUGCUGCUGGCCCGGGCUCUAACACCGCUACCGGCUUAGGUUUCUACCCUCAUCCUGACCCUGGGACUAGUGCCGGCUUUGGUACUGGAUCUCGUGUUAUGCCUGAUACCGCACUUGGGCACAGCACGCCUGCUCCGCCGCUCAAGACCAACUUGCGUGGUAUGGGUGCACGAGCCCGCGUGUCCAAGCACCAUGAUGUACGAUCAUCUGUCGAGGCUGCUCGCCCCCCUAUGACAAGUGUGUUGUCAGACGCACUGCCUCGGUCGUCUGUGAAUUCGCCACGCACAGAUACAUCCCCACGAGCCGAGCCAGUCGAUCUGCCACGCAAAGAUGCCUUGCCACCCGCAAAGGGCCAUCAGCGUGUAGCAGCAGAAGCACCAUCACCUGGAUUGACAUCUCGACGGUCCAAUGUGCCGAAAGCGACGGUCCUUCCUACCAAAGAGGUGCCUCGCUUGUCAAGAAUCUCCGUGCAGUCGCCCGUCAAAGAGCGACCACGCGCUCCGAGAGAUGGUCCAGCGGUGAAUGUCACCAAGACAGAAAGCACAAAUACUCCAGAACCGAGUGCAGAAUACAAGCCCACGUUAGCGGACAGUACUUCAGCGGCCAAGGGACGGCCGCACCAGACGUUGGCUGCUGGUGCGCCGGCUGCCACAGGAGCUACCACAGCAUCCACAUCUGCGUCCGCAUCUGCGCCAGCGCGCCACCAAGUUUCUGCUCUGGACAGCCCUCUGACCAAGUUUCAGUUGGAUCUGCGCGACUUUGCGCAUCUCGCGCCAGCGGCUGACGAUGGGGGACAGGUGCCCACGAACCUCUCGAACGAUCUCGCGAGGCAAGCGACAUGGUUUGGCGACGCCAGUCACGCUGAUGGCGGUCCUGAGGCCGUUGACGCAGACGCUGGUGCGCAUUUGGCUGGGGCGUCUGACCAAGGCAGAGAGCAUGGCCCCAGCGAUCUUUACGACCAACGAUCCAGCCGAGCCACACAGAUCACACAAGAGGCGGACGACGAACACGCCUCGUCUUCUACACCAUCGCCAGGGGCACCUCCCACGGCAUUCAGUUUCUUGAUGGAAAGAGAACUGCAGCGCAUCGUGCGUGAGAGUGACCAAAAGUACAAAAUCCGCGAGCGCGGCGUCUUUGUGGAUGCACCGCGCCAGGCAGCGACGGAGCCAGGAGCCCAUCGAGCGUGGAAACGCGUGCAGAAACCGAAUGAGGUGUCGGCGCUUGCAGCGCAGCAAGGGAAGCCCAUGCCACACAGCAUACCUGAUGCGAAUGGCAUGUAUACGGCGGGGCGUAUCUUUUUUGCGAUUGACUCGUUCACGCCCACGACCAUUUAUGCCCAAGACGAAGCGAGCGUGUACUGUGUGCUGGACAAUGGCAUUCACCGCGUCAAGACCGUCUCUGUGCCGCUGCUCCGUCCCGAGGACGGCGCGUCGCCGAUUGACCAGGAGUUUGAGUUGUUGGAAAGCCCCGACUUUGCUCUGACCGUGACGCUGAUGCUAGAUGGCGAUAGCAAUGUGGUGGAAGUGCCGAUGGAAAUGGGCGGGCUUCCGUCGUCGUCCGAGCCUCGCACCAGUGUGGGUCGCUUUCUCAGCCGGCACCUGGGCGGUACGAGGGAUGCCACGGCACGUCGAUUCAAAGGGUCGGGCUCCGUCCUGGGCGACAAGCCGUUCACGUUCCCGCGGUCGAACGAGCUUGGCCAGAUCCACUUUACCCUGCGUGAUGUGCGCCACCAGUGCUACGGCAGGUGCUUUGCGAUGCAUCUGCCCGUCCAAGUGGACACGGACUCGCGUGCUACGAUUAUGCGCCGCGGCCAUGGUGCUGGAAGCAGCACCGGCGCCCCUGCUGGUAGGCUGGUCCGUGGCAUGCUACGCAUCCGUUUGUUUUACCUGCCGCCACUGCCUCUGGCGUUGGAGCCGUCGCUGCCAGGAAAUAUGCAGGAGGCAGCUCAGGGCAUGGACUCGGUCUCCUGGCAUCAAACGAUGACCUCGUACCAUGGCGUUCUGACGCAGCUUGGGGGCGACUGUAUCUCAUGGCGCCGUCGUCCCAUGCGCAUCAUUGGUCUCAACCUAGUAUGCUACAACGAAGUCACGAAACGCCCCACCACACGCAUCGAUCUCGUCCAGGCAGUCUCGGUGGACGAGUGUGGGCCCACGACCUCCCAUCCCGACGACUCGUACAACGUCCCGCGCUCCUUCUGCCUGUCGUUCCGUGAUGGGGAGAAAAUCUACCUGUUUGCCGAUACGGAAGAAUCUAUGCGAGACUGGAUGCGUGUGUUGCGCAACAUCAUUGCCCACAAGCUGGAGCCGCCGCCUGCGUGGGCCGUCGCUGCGUCCGAUGCUGUCCAGGCAUCUGUUCACAGCGCUCAGCGCCGUUCAGCCAGCGGCGCUCACGCUCCUUCUGCGCGUGCAUCGACGUCCACAUCAGCGCCAGGCUCAGCACCUGCUUCCGCGUCAGCGUCUACUACAGCAUCCCCUGCCCCCAACACGUCACCGUUACCAACGCCACCACAUGGGCUGCCAGGCGUCUCUUCGUCUGUACGUCCCCAGACCCACACCCACAUGCAUACACGCCGCGAGCCGCGCAUGUCAGAGGAUCAUCCGCCAUCAAGCAAGGCCGGCUUGUAUGACAGAAAGUCGGCCGCACAGCCCACGCAUCCAUCUCGCCCACGUGCUCCUCUUCCCGCGCGCCAACCUGCGCCGACGUACGCUGCUCCUUCUUCGCCGCGCACAACUUCUCUAUCUGCAUCACCUGUGGCGCCAGAACCCCCGUCCAAGUCAGCCACACCACAGACGACGUCGCCUCCGCUACCCUCUGUACACCCGCACGAGAGCAAAGGGAAGCGACUCCGGAACGUCGCAAGUCGCUGGCUUGGUCGAGGUCCGCGUAAGGCAUGA